AUGGUCCUCCACAUGUUUCUCCCACGCCAAUCGGCUGAAACGGCUCCAUACGACUGGAUUCUAGCCAUUACUUUUAUUGCGUACAUUUUUUCCGCCUUUGGUAACGGCGCCAACGAUGUCGCCAACGCCUACGCCACUUCCGUCGCUGCUCGAACCUUGACUAUGCCGCAAGUCGGCGUGCUGUCAGUGCUCACAGAAUUCUUCGGAGCCGUCGUACUUGGUGCCAGAGUUACAUCAACUAUUAAGAACGGAAUCAUCGAUAUCGACCGUUUCGAGGGCCGACCAAGCGUGCUCAUGCUAGCCAUGGGCUGUGCCGAGGUGGGCAGCGCAACAUGGCUGAUGUUUGCGACUAGCCGCGGUAUGCCCGUUUCUACAACUCAAACUAUUGUUGGAGCACUUGUCGGUGUCGGCUUUGCCACUCAAGCUGCCAUUACAUGGGAAUGGACCGGUGGUAGUGUAUCUCAGGUUGCGGCUUCAUGGGGUAUUGCUCCUGCGAUCGCUGCAUCCUUCGCUGCGAUCUACUUUGGAGUUCUCAAGUACACCGUGCUCGAGCGCGAAGACAGCUUCAAGUGGGGUAUGCGACUGAUUCCUGUCUACUUCGGUUUCACCGCCGCGAUCUUGGCCCUGUUCAUCACUAUUGAGGCUCCUGGAUCUGAUCUCGACGCUCUUGGUGCUGGCACAGCAGUUGGAAUUAUCCUUGGCGUCUUCACUGGCGUGACGCUCAUCUGCUAUAUCUUCUUCGUACCUUUCUUCGAGCGCAAGCUUAUCAAGAAGGAUGCUCGUCUUCGCGUGUGGCAUAUCCCUCUCGGCCCUCUCCUGCGCAAGGACAAUAUCCACCUUUACUUCCCUGGCAAGGGCAAAGAGUAUGUUACCAACUACUAUGCCGACUCAUAUGGCCAUGUCGCCGCUGGUGGAAAGGCCUCGUUCAAUGCUCCCGAGCUCGACGAGGAGCGCGCAACAGACCAGCCCGCCGUAACUGGCAAGUCUUUUGCCGACGACAAUGGCAAGGACCUUUCUGAGACAGCUUCGCCAAGCGGUGAGCCCGAGGCCGGACAGCCAAUGCUCAACCGACCGGGCUACGUCUCUCCCUAUAGACGCUGGAUUGUGCCCGUGCAGGAGCUUUCGUGGAUCAACCCUAAGAAGCUGUGGAACUGGACCAAAUUCCUCCUGCUUCGCGGAGUCACGAUCGAUGCGAUCAGCCACAAUUCGGAUCUUCUCCGCGCCAUUCACUCCAGAGCCAACCGCUACGAUGUUCGUGUUGAACAUCUCUGGACCUACUGCCAAGUUAUGUCUGCCAUCCUUAUGUCUAUUGCUCACGGUUCCAACGAUAUUGCCAACGCUGUCGGUCCUCUCGCCGCGGUCUACGCUACCUACAACUCUGGCGAGGUCAACACAAGAUCUCCCACUCCUGUGUGGCUCCUGGUCAUUGGUGGUUUGAUGCUCGGCCUUGGUUUCUGGUUCAUGGGCUACCACAUCAUCCGCGCUCUCGGCAACAAGAUCACCCAGAUGAGUCCGACCCGCGGCUACGCGAUCGAAUUGGGCGCUGCCACCACAGUCCUCAUGGCUUCUCGUCUCGGUCUGCCAGUCUCCACUACCCAAUGCCUGACUGGUGCGGCCAUUGGUGUGGCGUUGAUGAACUAUGACGCCAAAGCCGUCAACUGGCGCCAAAUUGCCUUCAUCUUUACGGGCUGGGUCCUGACCCUCCCUUCGGCUGGUCUGAUUGCCGGCUUGCUCUGCCUCAUGGCUCUAAACGCCCCUUCUUUCUAA